UGUGAGAGACCGGUCCCGGUGGGAGGGACCCGGGCUGUGAGGGUCUGAUGGGGGAUCGAGGGGGUGGGGGGCUGGGGAAGUUUCUGGGAACACUUCCCCAGGGGUUGAGCUAAACUAAGGAAAGUUGGUCCAAGACCCAGCACAAAGGAUCUUGUCAUUCCAGUCCUUUCGCCCGCGCAGGGAACGAUGCCUCUGGAGGCGGUGGUGGAGCUGCAGAUCCGGGCGAUUUCUUGCCCGGGAGUGUUCCUGCCAGACAAACAAGAUGUGUACCUCGGGGUUUACCUCCUGAAUCAGUACGUGGAGACAGCCUGCUUUCCCUCUGUGUUCCCUAUUGUGAUUCAGCAAAUCCUGAGAUUUAAAAAGGUAUUUGAAAAUGCAAUAGAUCCUGGAGCUGUAGCAGAACUUUUAGAAAGCUUCCUAGCCAGGUUUGAGUUAAUACAGCUAGUGCCUCCAGUGUGGGAAGAGUUGGCCUACUAUGAAGAAAACACACGAGAUUUUCUUUUCCCUGAGCCUAAGUUGACACCUUCACAUCCUGGAAUACAUAGAGAGGUGCUUAUGAAGACAGCCAUAGGUUUUCCAGGCAUUGCUCCCAAACUAGAGUUUUCUACAAGGACAGCCAUCCGAGAAUGUAUGUUUCUGCAUAGAAACAGAUUUCAUGAAGAAAGAUGUAAGUCACGAAUGCCUUUAUCCACAUCACAUCGACCAGUGUUUCCCUUAAAUAAUAAAAAGAAAAAGCCAAAGGAGAACAGUCCUGAUAGACAGCCCAGAGGCACUCAGCCCCGGACGCCCUCUCCAUAUUCCACCAGACGUUUCUUCCUUGACAAACCAGCUCAGAUGAACCUUGGAAACAACUUCAAAAUCUCUGAAGAAGGGAAGCCUCCUUUUGUGGUUAGACAUGUGGACAGUGCAAAGCCCUUUGGUGAAAAUAGUUCAGAGCAUCAUUCACGAAAGUCUAGAAGAAAAUCUAAGUUUCCAAACUUCCCAUUUCCAAUAAGAAGAGCUUCUUCUCUUGACAGCAUUGCAGCAAACGUAAAGGUUAUCAAAGAGCCAGAUGAACGGAUUGUCUUAAGGAAUGAAUCAUCAUCAAGUUUAAAUUCAAGUAAGUUUGGAAAGCCCUUGCCCAAGAACCAAGGGGAUGCCGAUUUCCACCGGGAAGCUUCACUUGCCACCUCCCAGCAAUCCACCUCUACCAGCCCUCUGGAUCAGCCCUUUCUCCGAGAAAGGUUCCAUCCUGGUUCUCAGCCCACAUGGAAGAAGAUCCAUGAAAGGGUAUGCAGUCUUCUUACAUCCCACAGAGCUCAGCAGCAUGUGAACAAGGAAGAUUCUACCUUUGAAAUAAAUGAUAACCUUGAAAGACCAGUCUGCUCUCCAAUGAAAUACCCACUGCAUGAAGAGAUAUAUUUUUAACUGCUGUUAUAAGGGAAAAUGAUGAAGGCUGCUGGAGGAUCACGAAGAGCUUGCUCAAGACAACUACACAUCCUUGGAGAAAUGAACAAUGAUCUUUGUUGUCUCUAUUGAGUUACUGGUGUCUAAUCCCCUUUAUAUCAAACCCUGUAUUCAUUCUUUUUUGCCCAGGUAAGAAUUAUUGAUUAAAAUGUUUGCUGUUUGGGGCUCACAUUUUCUUGUCACCUGGAACAUUGUGUUUU